GAGGAGGGGACGAAGGAAAAGCUCCGGGUGGUGCUUCCGCUCACUUCUGUCCCGGGUUGACGCGAUUCCCGAGUGCUGCGACGGGGAGAGCCCGCGACCGAGCGCUGCCGGCUUCCCCGCUGACAGACAGGUGCCCUCAGUUACAUUGUGUUGGACCAUGGAAACUCUCACUACAGCAUCAUGGCGAAUCCUGUGCCUCUGUAUGGAAGUCUUUCUCAUCUUACUCAGCUGCUGGAAAUCAGGCUGAAGCAACUGAGUCUGCAAUGGAGAAAACUUUAAAAAAUGGUUCCUUUGGAGAGGAAACAGAAAAGGAACCAUUCUGGAAAUUCUUCAUUGGUGGCUUGCAUUUUGAAACCACAGAAGAACAUUUAAGAAACUACUAGGAGCAUUAGGAGUCUGACAUGGCUCAAGAGUCUCCGAAAAAUUCUGCAGCAGAAAUUCCAGUAACUAGUAAUGGAGAAGUUGAAGACUCCCAUGAACAUGCCUAUCACAGGGAUUUGAAGCAUUCAUUACCAUCUGGACUUGGACUCUCAGAAACUCAAAUUACAUCUCAUGGCUUUGAUGGUACCAAAGAGGGGGUUAUUGAAGCAGGAGCGUCCCAAGGUCCCUCAGCGCCACCUUUGCCAUCUGUUCUGUCUCCCAGCAGGGUUGCAGCUAGUCAACUGGCUCAACAAGGAGGUGAUCUAACUGUUCCUGCAGGUGGCCAGAGAACACACACAAAAGGUGGACCAGUUAUUCUAGCAGAUGAAAUUAAAAAUCCUGCAAUGGAAAAGUUAGAGCUUGUUAGAAAAUGGAGUCUCAACACAUACAAGUGUACCCGGCAAAUUAUAUCUGAGAAACUAGGCCGAGGCUCAAGAACUGUGGACCUUGAACUUGAAGCUCAGAUUGAUAUAUUAAGAGAUAAUAAGAAAAAAUAUGAAAACAUUUUGAAACUGGCUCAGACAUUGGCGACACAGCUCUUCCAGAUGGUGCAUACCCAAAAGCAACUUGGAGAUGCAUUUGCUGACCUGAGUUUGAAGUCUCUAGAACUCCAUGAAGAAUUUGGCUAUAAUGCAGAUACCCAGAAGCUGCUGGCUAAAAAUGGAGAAACUCUUCUUGGGGCCAUUAAUUUUUUCAUUGCUAGUGUGAACACCUUGGUGAAUAAAACAAUUGAAGAUACACUAAUGACUGUAAAACAGUAUGAAAAUGCCAGAAUUGAAUAUGAUGCAUAUCGCACUGAUUUGGAAGAACUGAAUCUUGGACCACGUGAUGCAAACACUCUGCCAAAAAUUGAGCAUUCACAGCAUCUGUUCCAAAUACAUAAGGAAAAAUAUGAUAAAAUGCGCAGUGAUGUAUCUGUCAAAUUGAAAUUUCUUGAAGAAAAUAAGAUUCUUCAAGGGGCUCUGGAUAAGAUAGAACACUUGCUUCAAAACCCUGAAGAUCCUGGGUUCAAUUCUCAAUGCUCACUCCCCACCCCAAGAAACAGGUUAAAGUGCUGCGCAAUCAGCUGGUCCUUUUCCACAGUGCUGUUGCUGCCUACUUCGCUGGGAAUCAGAAGCAGCUUGAACUGACACUUAAGCAGUUCCAUGUCAAGUUGAAAACCCCAGGAGUGGAUGCCCCGUCUUGGCUUGAAGAACAGUAAAUUCACCUGGAAAAGAACAGUAUAUUGUUAACUGUAAACUAGUAAGAAUUAUUGGGGAAGUGGCUCUUGCACAGAUAGCUUUUAUUUUUCCCUUUUCGUACCCUAACAAUUGAGCUGUUAAAUUUGAUGAGAAGGUGGGUGAUUUUUAUGUAAACAUAAUUCUAUAAUUCUAAACAUAAUAAUUUUCUUUUUUGAGAAAUCCUUUUUGUAUUGUGUAGGUUAAUGGCUAUUUCUAUAAUUUGAAAUAUUUAAUAUAGAUUUGCACUGAUAAGAUAAAAAUUCAAGGCUUCUGGUCCUAGAAAUGAGGACCGGGUAUAAUUUUCCAAGGGAGGUUUACAUGAUUUGUAUCAAUGUCAGAUAUUUUAUAUAUGAAUAUAUCCAACAUCUUUAAGAAGUUCAUGUCCGUGUAUUAUCUUAAAGAAAAAAAGCUAUUUUCCAGAGUAAGUUAUAUGGCAUCCUGCAGCAUCCACAGAAGGGGUACCUCGAAUGAAUGAAUGAUUGGCUCAUAGGUUGUGGUAGAUACCUUUUAAAAAUUAAUCUGUACCACUGUAAUUUUGUUUAGACAUUUUUAAAGACCUGGUAAUCACACUGUCAUAAUUUCUAUAACAUGUUUAAACUUAUGAAUUUGACAGUUGUGUUAGAAAUUUUGAUUUACAAUGAAACCUGCCUAAGAGAGGUGGAUAUUUUUUGUUUUUUGUUUUGUUUUGUUUUGUUUUUACAUGUGGUCAUAGGAAUGGAAAUUCUUAGUGGUUUAUAGAGUAGAAAUUUGUAGAUUAGAAAGCCAGUUUGGGGGUAAAUUCCAUUUUGGUAGAAGAGAAUUUCCAGACUAUGUUCGUUGACUUCCAUGUGUGACUGUACCAGUUAAGCCUUAAAUCACAGAUACGUGCCUUCUCAGAUGCAGUGAUUCUUGUCCAACCAUUGUACAGAAUCCAUGAAGAAACCCCUCCGGAUAACGUUGGAUAUGUCUGUUCUUUGCAAAGGAGCACAGUAAAUGUUGGUAUUCUUUGUCCUCAUAAAACCACACUUGAGGUGGAUGGUGAAGCCAACUUUGGAGUCUUUGGUUUCUCUUGAUUCCUUUUGAAGAAUGGAACUAUGGGAGAAUUUUUCCCACUUGAAUAAUGAAAAGAUUGUAGCGUGUGGAGGUCAUAGGAAAGGAAAGACCAGUACUGUUUUAUUUGUGCAGCAAUGUUGGUCUUAUAAAUGCUGACGGUCUGUCCACUGUGGGGGUUUCCUUGUUUAAAUGUAAAGUUCCUUUGACUUUUGUCACACAUAUAAAUGAGUAUUUGGAGAGCUACCACUUUACCUGUUCAUUUCUAUUUUGUUGAAAUGAAGUACUUAAAAUUACUGUUGUAUGUAAAUUUUAUAGACUGUACAAUGUGUUAUAUAUGUCCAAAUGCCUUUUAGCUGGCUUUUUUACUAAUAUGCCUGUUUUGAGUGCUUAAUACAAUGUAAUGUGAUUAUAAGUCAUGAACCUAUUUUAAAUCAUUCCCUCCUGUAUAUUUGUACUCUGAGAGAGCCUUAUUUUAUUCUUCAAGCAGAAUAGCUACUUGUGAUGGUUAUUUACAUUCCCCAGAGUGUGCCUCUGGUGUGAAUUUUGUAUUCUUAUUAAAGUCUCUGCUGCAUUGUCUUGUU